UAAGAAGCUUUCAUCUCUCCAACAAAAUUGCUGUCAGUUGCUGUGUGGCCGAGAUCUAGAUACCUUUACUGCUAGGCUGACAGGAAAUGCUAGAGAGUGGAGGGGAGAGACUACAGAAAGAUGGUUCAGUUGAUAAGGAACAUGGCCGAGAUAGAGUGGAAGUGUAAGAUUUCAAGUUAUCAGAUAUGUUGUUCUAAUAAACUUGUAAGCGAUAGGAGGUAGUUUCACUUGGAUUAAUGGAAUGUGGAUAGGUGUAUGAAUACUGAUGGGUUGGCAGUUUAGUUCUGAGCUAUGGGACAAGUGGGUGCAAUAGCACUUGGAAUCUCUUAACGUGGAAAUAGUACCAAAUCUGCGAGCUCUGGAUUCUGAUAUAUUUGUUUUCGAUAAGCACCUAACUUAACUUGAUAAGUAAUCAGUCAAUAGCAGCAUGCAGUGUGCCAUCUUGCUAUGGCAUUUGCCAAGUUACCAUGGGUUUAGAAGGAUUUUGAGAUAGCCCUGUUGGCUUUGUUGAGUACUACAGAAAAGAAAAGCAUUUUCCCAGAUUAAGCAUGGUCUUGUGAAGAAUGACUUGAGAUUGACCUUCGCUGACUAUUAGAACCACAGACAGUGGAGAUGGCACAGACUGUGGAGCUUUCCCGUGAGGAGAAUGUGUACAUGGCUAAGCUUGCAGAACAGGCUGAGAGGUACGAAGAGAUGGUUAAGUUCAUGGAGAAGGUAGCUAAGACAGUUGACUCUGAGGAACUCACUGUGGAGGAGCGCAACCUUCUAUCUGUUGCAUACAAGAAUGUUAUUGGUGCACGCCGUGCCUCGUGGCGCAUCAUUUCCUCCAUUGAGCAGAAGGAAGAGAGUCAUGGCAAUGAUGACCGUGUCACACUCAUCAAGGACUACCGUGGAAAGAUUGAGACAGAGCUUACCAAGAUUUGUGAUGGCAUCCUCAAGCUUCUUGAUUCCCACCUUGUCCCCUCAUCCACUGCUCCAGAGUCCAAGGUCUUCUACCUGAAGAUGAAGGGUGAUUACUACAGGUACGUUGCGGAGUUCAAGAGCGGAGCUGAGAGGAAGGAUGCUGCUGAGAACACCAUGGUGGCAUACAAAGCUGCUCAGGAUAUUGCACUGGCAGAGUUGGCACCGACUCAUCCUAUUAGGCUUGGGCUGGCACUCAACUUCUCGGUGUUUUAUUAUGAGAUCUUGAACUCUCCUGACCAUGCUUGCAAUCUAGCCAAACAGGCUUUUGAUGAGGCCAUCUCAGAACUAGACACUCCGAGUGAGGAAUCCUACAAGGACAGUACUUUGAUUAUGCAGCUUCUGCGUGAUAACCUGACACUCUGGAUUUCUGACAUCUCGGAGGAUGCUGCUGAACACAUCAAGGAGGCACCCAAGGGAGAAUCUGGAGACGGACAGUAACCAUGGGCUAUAUGCCCAUAAACUUAUAUCAUAGUGUCCUAUCUUCCAGUGGCACUUCAAUGUGCUCUGGGUUCACUUUUUUUCGGUAGAGAUCAUCAUGUUCUCGUGGUUGUUGGAAAUUGGAGGCCCCAGUUUGUGUUGUGACCGGGAACUCUGUUAGUGACCUCACUGCUAGGUGGGGGUUGGUUAUCGGGCUUACCCUAGCCGGGCGCUGGGACCUUGGGGAAGCUUCAAGUUGAAGCUUUUAUGUUACUUUGCUUUUUGAUUUGUUUCUGUUGCUCUUGGUUG